CGCGGCGUCUACCCGGAAAUUAAAACCUAAGGGAAAGAAGUGGGCCACGUGGUUUUCAGCAUGGUGGCUCCUUCCGGGAAGAUUAACCGGCCGCGGACGGAGCUGCGGAAAAAACUCUUCAAGCGGCGCCGUGUCCUGAGCAAGGAGAAGAGAAAGAAACACCGGAUUGUGGGAGCUGUGGUGGAUGAAGAUCUUAUCACCGUGCAUCACCUGAAAAAGCGAUCAUCUAGUUCGCGGGCAAAUAUUACUCUCUCGGGAAAGAAGAAGAGGAAACUGCUGAAACAAAUUCGUCACGCCACUAAGGCAAAAGCAGAAAUGCAGGUUGAUGUUUCUCCAGCCCGGGGUGGAAAAAAGAAGAAGAAAAAGGAGGAGGUAACUCCAAAAGACUGUCCAGAUGUUGAGAUGGUGGCAGCUGACGUGACACCAGGAUUGGAAAGCUGAACCUCUGGCUUCUGAAAUCUUGAAAACCAGUUUCUUUUCUCUUUAUCAGCCUACUAGGGACAGGAUUCCAAGUCGGGGUAGGGCUGGGGAGAGGGAAGGGGGAUAGGAGGAAAAAAGACAGGUAACCAAAAACUAGAAAAAUCAGCUUUUGAACUAGUUUAGCUCCAUAAAGUUUGUUUGCUUUUAACAAGGAAUUUAAAACUCAUCGGACCACGCUUUGAGACAGUGAGACUGGUCCCUUUUCCUUUUGGCGAGCAGCUCCGAAUUCCUGAAUUUGAGGAGUUACAAAAUUGUUUAAAGUUUAAAGCUAGUCUGAAGUUAAAAGGGGUGCUUGAUAAGACAGAAGCUUGGUGUGGGUGGUAGUUUUAAGAACCUCAGUGGCCGUGCCAGAUUAUGGCACAAAUACCUGGAACUGUUCGUGUAUAUAGUUAAUCUGCAUAUAUGUGAAACACCAACUUUUUUUCAGCGUUGGCAACCAAUUUCAGUUGAAAAGGGAGAGCACAGAGAGACAUUUCUGCUUUCACGUGUUCAAAUUGUGUUCUGAUCCAUAUAAUAAACUGUCAA